AUGGAGCUCCUUCCAAUGCACCAAUACCACGACGAAAAAGAAACAAUAGCAAGAUGUAGGACAGAACAUACUGGUCAAGAAAAACGUCUUUCCGAAAACUGUUCCAUCAAUUAUGGUAACUGGUCAAAAUUGUCAAGACCAUUGGUUGGCUUGUUGAGCUUCCCGAGGUAUGGAAAUACGUGGACUCGACAUUUGUUGGAACUUGCAACAGGGACUUACACUGGAUCUCUUGGCAAUGCUGGUGGUCUAUUUCACAAAGGGUUGAAAGCGGAAUUCGAUGAUCCACAGUUGGGACGUGCUUUGGUAUACAAAUCUCAUCAUUAUACUGAACUCUUUAAGUCUGGUAUAUUACUCAUCAAAAACCCACAUGACUCGUUGAUCUCGUGGCACAUUUUCAAACUUAGCGGAUUCAUGGGAAAUCCAUCCCUUGAAGUGUUCAGAAAUAGCACAGUUUGGAUCGAUUUUGUAAAACUUAACUACGUAAAAUGGUCGAAGCUGAUUGCGACUUCUUUGGAAUCAGGAAUGCCGAUUAUAAUAGUACGUUAUGAAGAUUUAGUGCACAAUUCCUUGCGUCAACUGGACAGGAUGUUACAAUUUAUGAACAUGACAUUAAAGCCCGAACGUGUUGAGUGCAUAAACACGGACUUAGAGGGCGUGUUUCACCGGCGACAUCCCGAUAAAUUUCAUUUUGAUCCAUAUCCUUAA